AUGAGGUUUGAAGACAUAUUGGACGAUGUGGGUGGAUUUGAACGGUUCCAGUUCUUUGUUUUGAUGAUUCUCUGUCUACCUCGCUUUAUUUUGGCACUUCAAUUUUUGCUACAUAACUUCAUCUCUGCUGUACCGGACCACCACUGUGCCCUGGGACUGUCUGAAACUGGACCAAGACUAGACCAGGACUACACCGAGUCCCUGGUCCAGACACAUGGGUCUGGAUCUCCAGGGUCCUGUUGGGUCUAUGGUCCAGACAACUCCACCGUGUCCUGUCCUCAUGGAUGGGUCUACAACCAGACGGACUUUAGCUCCACCACGGCCACCGAGUGGGACUUAGUGUGUGAGAACCGUAAACUGAACCAAGCUUUGGCCACAUACUUCUUCCUGGGGGUCACUGUGGGGGCCGUGGUCUUUGGACAACUGUCGGAUAAAUUUGGUCGCAAGUCCAUGCUCCUUGUGGCUCUGGUCCUGUCCACGGUUAUGAGCUCUGCUUCGGCCUUCUCCACCUCCUAUGUGAUGUUCGCAGUGUCACGUGCGCUCUGUGGGGUGGCCCUCAGUGGACUCUCCAUCAUCGCGGUGGUCCUGGGGAUUGAGUGGACUGAUGUGAAGCACCGGACGUUCACGGGAACAGUCAUGAGUUUGUCCUGGAGCCUGGGAAACAUGUGUUUGGCCCUCAUGGCUUUUCUGAUCCGAGACUGGAGACAACUCACUCUGGCUGUAACUGUGCCCUGUGCUCUGCCUAUCAUCUGCUGGUGGUGGUUGCCGGAGUCUGCUCGGUGGCUGUUGGUUAAUGGGAGAACAAGGGAGGCGAGGAGGUUCCUGGUGCAAUGUGCCAAAAUGAACAAGAGAAACGAACAGAUCUCCAAACUGGAUCUGGAGGUCCUUGCAAAGGUGUCCAUGUCUGAGGAGUCCCAGAAGACUCACUCAUACCUGGAUUUGGUGAGGACUCCCCAGCUCCGGAAGAUCACGCUCUGCUCAGGGCUGUCCUGGUUCGCAGUGGCCUUCCUGUACUACGGCAUCAGCUUUAAGAUCUCGGAUUUAGGCGUCAGUAUUUACCUCACACAGUUCAUCUACGGUGCCAUUGAAGCUCCAGCCAAAAUCGCGUCCUUCUUCAUCCUGGACUGGAUCGGCCGAAGGAACGGACAAGCCUGGUUCCUCAUCAUCACUGGGACUCUCAUUGGGGUCAACACAGCCCUGCCCCUGGAUUUGGUGGUGCCUCGGACAUGUAUUGGUGUGGUCGCCAAAGGGUUUUCUGAGGCUGCCUUCACCACAGCCUUCCUCUACUCUGCAGAACUUUAUCCCACAACCCUGAGACAGUGUGGGAUGGGCUACACCUCAUGCCUGUGUCGGAUCGGGAGUGCUCUGGCUCCUAUGGUCAUGCUGCUGGACGAGCUGUGGCGGCCCCUGCCUCGCUUGGUGUUCGCUGGGACUGGGAUCCUGAGUGGAGCUCUGGUGUUUCUGCUGCCAGAGACUCUGAACGUAAAGCUGCCUGAAGACGUGCUGGACGUGGAGGAGGGCAGACAUCGAGACCCGAGCUCAGCUUCAGACCUGGAGAUGGAGAAACUCAACCAGAACGGAAACAAGACCACAGAGUAAAAGAGCCCAAAUAUGAGAUCAUAACUGCAGAAGAACAUGUUGGAAUUUAUAAUGUUUUCUUUAGAUUUGA